GUCGCCAUCAUGGGCGAUACCCGGCGGUGCUUUGCGCUCCUACUGCGGCAAGUCGAGCCCGACGAUGUCUUUUCCGAGCUCCAGCGGCUCGACCACGACGAUACGCGCUGCGUCAAAGCGCGGCGCUUCAUCAAGGUGCUGGACGGUCUCUUGGGCAACGACCACAGCGUGGACUUGGCCGAGGUCGCGGAUGCAUUUGCUGCCAAGCACGACGAGGCGCUCGUCAACUAUGUGGCCUUUUGCACGCAGCUCCAAGCCGCGAUGGACGACGACCGCGACCAUGAGGACGACGGCAAGAAGGCCGACUCGAGCAGCGCGUCCGAGCGCAAUGCGACAACGUCCGAAGCGAGCUCGGCGCCGCGCCGCCACCGACGCAAGCGCAAGUCCAAGCCUGACAUUACCAAGCGCGCGAUCCGCGUCGACCCGCGCCUCGAGAAGCACCGCGUGCUCAAGAGCAGCAUCCGCCACAAGGUGCUUCAUGGCGCCAAGCACAUGGCAACGUCCAAAGACGGCUUUGACGGCCUUCGCGACGUGCUCUGCCAGGCCGACGCGGACGGCAGUGGCCUUCUCUCAGAAGCCGCGUUUGUCGAGACGUUGCUAGAGCACAUGAAGGCGCCAUUGACCGCCAAGGAAAUGGGGUACCUCACGACCAACCUCCGCCACCGCAAGCGGCCGAACGCUAUCGACUACGAGCAGAUUGGUCUCUUUCUCUGCGUCGACAGCGAAGAAGAAGCGUCGACGUCCGGUGACGACAACGGCUUGCGUCGGCGGCAAAGCCUCGACGAACCGCACUUGGGCUCGGACAUUUUGUCCGUAGAGCGCGACCUCCGCGCGCGUCUACUGCAGCGACUACCGCUCACGACAGAGAACGCGCUGGCGACGUGCAGCCAUACGCGGCGGUCGAUCUUUACCGGCGCUGAAAAAUUUGUGGAAGCAUGUGACGUCUUUGACCCGCUCUGCACGAAUUCGCUCUCGGAAGAGGGGUAUGCCAAGGCGCUCGACUACAUCAACUUUAACGUAUCGACCACGCAAUUGCAAGCCAUUUUGACCAAAUUUCCCCGUGACACGCAUUCGGGCGGCGUCAACUAUGCUGUGUUUUUAGAGCGCUACGGACAGCAGUAUGCGACUGUGAAGCAGCAAAAGCACAUGAAGACGCUCUUGACGCGCUUGGCGACUGACCCGAGCCGCGAUUUCGGGCCGACCCUACUGCAUUUCAAGAAGCAGCUCGCGAAAUGCGACAAGCGCGUCACGGGGGUGUGCGCCGGCGUCGUCACCAAGACAGACUUUGUCUCGGCGCUCACGACCCACGAGACGCACAAAUGGCCGUCCAAGGAGGUGCAAAUGCUCGUUCCGCUCUUUGCGGACGGCCCGCACGUUCAGUACCCGACCUUUCUCGCGUACAACUAUUGGCGGACAUGGACGGUGAGGAAUACUGUAUAGGAUGGUGGAGGACUGCACGGCGACGGCGCCGAAUGUGCCGUGUGGCUGUCGCCAGAGCGCACCAUCGGCCACGAGCGCACUGGAGAGCCGUCUUCGGCGCUUCCUCGUCGACAAGACGCGCGGUACAUCGGGCUACGACACGGCGCUGCAUGCCUUCGAAUCGGCCGACGCGCUACGGCAUCCACAGACCGCUCCGACGGGGCUGCUUCACGAACAAGAUUUUUGCACUGUGCUGCGAACCAUCGGCACGGGCUUGUCCCCUACGGACCGUGCACAUCUCUUGCAGCUACUAGCAACGAUUCACGCGCUCACACCAAACGGUGUGCUCUACCGCACGUUCCUUACAUACCUCACAACCGAACACAACGUGUCGUCCGAUGAAGGACAUGCCAGAGACGUGCCGUCGCAUUUGCGCAAUAUCUGCGUCGCCACGUACCUCUACGAGUACGCGACGGCCGACGAGCGCACCAACUUUGAAAAAGUGCUCUCGACGCUCUCGUCCCUGCAGGCGCCACGUCAUUGCAACGUGAUGACCAAGGACACGACCAACAACCUCGUCUUUGCCCUCGGCCCGCUUCUCAAGGUCAAGGUGCAGUUUUUUACCUAGUUUUUCUAUAUAAACUAGCACGAAAACGCGCGCGGUCGAGUCGCAUCGUCGCUCUCGUCCACCUCGGUCUCCGACUGGCUCCGCG